UACUCAUGUGCUCCACAAAUCUCAAUUCCUUCGCUUCCUACAGUUUAUUCGAAAAUUUUCUGGGUUUCAGAAAAGCACUGUUUACCGGGUAAUAUUUUCAAUCAUCCCCAGUUCUUCUUAUUUGAUCUCACUGGAAAAUACAUUGUAAUUUGCGUUGUGUCAACAUCGAGUCGUGCAAAUUGUGAUGAUUGUCCGUCAAUUGCUGAAACACACACCCAUAUCUAUUUGCAAUGAGCUUGCAAUUUGUGAUUCCAAUAAUCAUUAUAGCUUUCCCAAUUGUGCAUAUCGAUUUGUUGAAGCUAUAAUCAAGGUAUCU